GAUAACGAUAAGAUAACUUAUCAUAGGUAGUCAUUAGCUAUGUUAUUAAACUUAUCCGUGAUUGCUAUUUAUCAAGUAUUGUCGCGGCAUCGAUAAAAACAAAAAUUCAUUAUUAUAUACUUUUCUCGUUUUUAGUUUAGUUUGUUGCGUGAAAUGCUGUGAUCUAUCGAAAUAUAUACUAGGUUCACAAGUGAAAUCCUGACUGGCAAGCUUCAAUUUAUGUAUUUUAAGUAGAAAGAAGUGAAUUCUUACUACAUCUUGAGGUGUACAGUAAACAUGGAAGACGAUAUAGAAGAGAUGGAGCCUCGGCCUCCAAGCGCUCGCCGGAACUUCUCUCUCCGUAACAAUGCAGCCAGACAAGUGGCCAUCAACUUCAUGCCAUCCAGGCAGCUGCCCGGCAAUACGAUUCGUUUAAAACGCAAUGCAUCUCACAACGCAUUGCUCGAAGAAGCCGCCGACGCGCCCGAUUCGGCAGAUCGGCAGGCGGAUAUCAUCGUGCGUGAAAUGGAGCAGCAUUCCAGGCUUAUGGAGGACAAUCCUGAAGCUGAGGAGCUACGGAGGGAGGCCCUGCGAGAUUUGCCGCAAGGUUUGACAAUGAAACGGCACGUUAGAGCCAAGCUAUCAGCCUCAGUCAGCCUGCGAUCCAGAAGCAAGCCUAUCUCUCUCUUCAAGCGGUUCAAGUACAGGAUGAGCUUUCUUUGGAAGAGGACCCGCGACCGUUUCCGAGACUUCAUCUUCUCCAUCGAGCUCUGGUACGAGCCCAUCCGCUCCAUCGAGGGCCACUUCGGCUCGGCCGUCGGCUCCUACUUCUACUUCCUGCGAUGGCUGUUCAUGCUCGACGCAUUACUAGCCGUUAUGCUGGUGGCUUUCGUGGUUGUUCCUCAGAUUUUACAUGAUGAGACGAGCAGUGGGAUAAAAGAUAUCAGUUUUCUGGACUUUGUCAGUGGAAAGGGUGGGUUAGAGGACUCCCUUCUGUUUUACGGGCAUUACCACACCAGCGACGUGGCAGCGCCGGGCUACAGCAUGCCGCUCGCCUACUUCUUCACCAUGCUGUGCCUCUAUCUCAUGUUCUUUGCGCUGCUGUGCUAUAGAACCGCGUUGUCAUACCGGCGGAACUUCAUAGAAACGGCGAGGAUUGGCGGUAUGAGUCACGUGUUUGCCAGCAAGGUCUUCUGCGGCUGGGACUUCGGUAUCACCACGCGCACGGCCAAGGCGCUGCACGCCAAUAGCAUCUAUAACGAGUUCAAGGAGCUCCUCACCGAACAAAACAAGAAGCGAACCUCAAAGUCCUUCUGCACACGUUUCGGCCAGCGCCUAGCCAACACAGUCGUGACCGCCCUCGUGUUAUCGUUCAUAGUCGGGGUGGAAUACGGAUUCCUGUUACUACUACAAAGGGAGAGUAAAUUGGCACAUUGGGAGAUACUGGUGUCUUUGGGGGUGACUGUGGCGGUCACCAUUUGCCCACUGUUCUUCGCGUUGGUCGUCAAGUUAGAAUACUACAAGCCCAGAACCGCCGUGUACGUGACGUUAGCACGCACAUGUUUCCUCGACAUCGGUACUCUGAUGUUGCUGCUCUACUACUGGUCUAACUCUGGAGCUGCUUGCUGGGAGACGUCAUUCGGCCAGGAAGCGUACCGGCUGGUGUUGCUAGACGCGAUAAUAUCGCUAGUAGUGUUGCCAGUUAUUGAGUUUUUAAGAGCUUUAAUUUUUAAAUUGAACCCAAAGUCCAGAGCGCCAGAGUUCAACAUCGUGUCCAACUCGCUGACUAUAAUCUAUAACCAGGGCGUGCUGUGGUUCGGCAUGCUAUUCUCGCCUCUAUUGGUGGUAGCAGUCGCACUGAAGUUUCUGUGCCUGUUCUACGUGAAGAGAGAGUGCGCUUUGAGAGCGUGCCAGCCGGCUAGAAAGAUCUGGCGCGCGGCGCAGACCCAAACGGUGCUGUACAUGCUGGUGACCAUGUCUCUCUUCUCCACGCUCUUCGGCAUCGGGACCUUAUUCCUAGGCACCAGCUCUCACUCUUGCGGGCCGUUCCAAAACUACGCAACUGUAUUCUCAGUAUUCACUGAGGGCGUUCUGAAACUGUCCACACGCCCCACUUUGCGGAGCAUACUGGUCUUCUUGACGCGCCCGGGCGUCAUCGGUUUCCUGGUCCUCACGCUUUGUGUUUUGGUGUACUACAUGCGAGCCAAGGCUAAAGCGCAGCACUCCAUGGUAGAAAUACUGCGCCACAUGCUGGUGCUGCAAGCCAAAGACAAGGACUUUCUGCUCAAUGCCAUCGCAAAGGUUUCCAAAGGAGAGUGGAUGUAUAGCCCAAAACCCGAGGACCCCCGCGACAGCCACACGUGGAAGUACCUCAACGAGGUCCGCAAGCCGUCCAACGCGGGCUACCACUUCGACGCGUCGCGGCUCAGCCACUCCAUGCUCGGCGCGAACAAAACUCGACCCAAUUCCUAUGCACCGGAGAAAUCAAAGUCAAACGACGAUGGGGAUACGGAUAAUAGCUCUUUUAGCUGGCAGGGGUCGAGUUCUUGCUUGAAUAAGGAAAAUGAGAAGAAAUGGAUUUAGCCCAGCAAUAGUCGACCUAGUUCCUAUACGCCAGAGAAAACAAAAUCCAACGACGAUGGUGAUUCUGAUAAAAGUUAUUUUAGUUGGCAAGGUUCGCGUCACGAGUUGCUUGAGAAAGGAUGGGAAGAAGUAAAAGUCGACUUAAUAAAGUCCAACACAAUUUGCAUUUGCAGAAAUCAAACAUGUUAUAAUAUUGACGUUUUUCAGCACCAGGUGGUUUCGUUGACGAUGAAAAUAAUUUUUAUAUUGAAUCUCUGGCAGUAGCGUCUAUAUGAAAUCCUAAAAUAAGUUGUUUUUUUCCGUCGAGUCCCCUUGGUUAUAAAAAGGUUUUUCUACUCGACUUUUAAAUACUACUCGGCGCUUCCUUUUAAUUUUGUGGCGGUAAGAAAAUCUACAAAUUGUCAUUCUUCAUUCAUAAUUAUCUCGAUUCCCCGCCGCCUGACAUUACGCUAUGCCUUAUUUUUAUAAUCAUCUGUUCUCUUAGGUAUCUUUUAAUGGCGUUAUUCAUAAACGCGUUACUGGCCUGAGUUAGCUAUGAAUUGUUUGUCUUUAUCUAUCAUUUUGACUUAUGUAUUUGUAAGAAAGGAAUAUAACAUAAUUUAACUAAAUUAGGCCCGUAACAUUUUAUGAAUAAGGGGGUGAGAAAUUAAACCCAGUAUAUGUAAGCUAUUAAUAAGUAUCAAGGGUUGAGUAUUUCAUUAAAAAAUCGUGGGAUACAUUUGAAUACCACCUUCAUUACAAAGUGAAAUUAAUUUUGCAGUGUGCAUUUUGGUCACUAGAUAUAUGUAGUAAUAACAAAACGGCUUAAUUAACUAAAGUUAGACGGGGUAAGUACCUAAGAGAAACUCUCGAAGGGAAAAUAAAUAGAAAUGGGAAUAUGUCAUAAUUUAGAGUCGUUAUUCUUAUGUUCCUUUAUCCUUGGCGAAAACGCCACAUAAUGUAUUAUGUAAGACUGUUCUUUUUAUAUUUUAGGUUGUAGAUUGUUUAAUGUCGUAUGUUAUUUUGUUCAAGAUCUCUGAUUAAUACUACAAAACAGUGAUAUAAAGCAUAAUAACAAUAGAGGCUUUUUAGAUAGGCAUUUUUAUAUAUCUAGCAAAUUUCAAUCUUGUAUUAGAUUUAAUUUGGUUGUGAAUUUUUUUGCAUAAUUCAAUUCAAUAUUUACACGUUCUUAUGAAACAUUUAUUUUGGUUGUUUGUAAAUUAUCUUAAUAAUGGUGCUAUUGAAUAAAUUUAUCAAUUUACAUAUUUAUACCAAAAA